AUGCUCCCGCCGCCCCCGCGCCAGCCGCCGCCCCAGGCGCGCGCGGUCCGCGGGCCGGUGCGCCUGCAGAGGGCCUUCCUGCGCGGCCCGCUGGGCGUGCUGCGGCUGCUGCAGCUGCUGGCCGGCGCCGCCUUCUGGAUCACCAUCGCCACGAGCAGGUACCAGGGCCCCGUGCACUUCGCGCUCUUCGUGUCGGUGCUCUUCUGGCUGCUGACCCUGGGCCUCUACUUCCUCACGCUGCUGGGCAAGCACGAGCUGGUGCCCGUGCUGGGUUCGCGCUGGCUCGUGGUCAACGUGGCACACGACCUGCUGGCGGCCGCGCUCUACGGAGCCGCGACGGGCAUCAUGAUUGCCCAGACGCAGAGCCACAGCUACUGCAACCUCAAGGAUUACCAGAUGGCCUGCGCCUACCACGCCUUCUUGGCGGCCGCCGUCUGCGGUGGCCUCUGCCUCGGCCUCUACCUACUCUCGGCCCUCUACGGCUGCUGCCGCCGCUACCAAGGGGAGCAGGAGGUGGCGUGAGCCGCCGCGCCGCGGGGCGGGGACCCUCCCGAGACCGGCGUCCCCGUACUUCCUGCCGCCGCCGCCCCGCGCCCGUGCGCCCCGGCACCCACCCGUCGCCCCGCGCUCCCGCCCGCGCUCGGGCGCCCUGGCCCGCCGUUCCCGUGCGACUGCAGAGCCGCCGCCUGGAGUCCGGCCAGACGCGCCGCCUGCGCCGUUUCCUGGGAUCCCGGCAGGGCCGCAUCCGAGCAGCGGGCCCCCACGCAUCCUGGCCGUCCGAGGCGAAACCUCGCGCUUCCUCGCCCCCUUCCGUGCCGAGAGCGAGACGUGGACAGGCGCCGCGUAGAUCCGGGGGAGGCUCCCAAUUGGAACCAGCUUUCUGGCUGCGCCACUGCCCCCUCCCUCCCGGCCCGCUGUCGGAAGAGCACCCCCGUUCCCUGGCCCCUCUUCCAGCUUCGAGUGCUGUGAAGGGCAGGCUCGCAGCCGCGGACAGAGCCGAGGACAGGCCUCCACUUGUCUCAGGAUGAGCGAGGAGUUUUCGUUUCAGCUCGGGAUUGUGCGCGCAUCCUGCGCGGUCCGUGCUCUGACAUUGGGGUGGGGCGCGUCUGCAAAGGUGAGGAUGGAUCGGAAAGGCCCUCGGGCUGCACCUUUGCACAUUUGGAGUCUGCUCUCGCCUUUGCCUGUUCCGCCUUUGGCCUCGGGGUUCUUGGAGGCCAGGCCCAAACGCACACUAGUUUCCCUGGCCUCAGCUUCCCAGCGUUUCUCUCACGGGCUUCUGCUCCACCACCCCCACCUCCCAAUGUCUUUUUGCAUUAGGGAUCCUACAGGACCCCGAAGGAAUGUCAAGGUGAGCCUCACCCCUUGCUCUUGGUAAAGCCAAAAUAAGAUUAGAACCCCGUUUCCAGUCUCCCAGCCCAGCACUGUUUACAUUAAAGCGGUGGGUGUUCCCAGGAACCCUGGCUCAGGAGCUACAGUCUAAAAGACGGUUUCAUUUUUAAAUGGGUUUGUCAAGGUGCUAUCUCUCGCCCACUUGAAGAUUCACGAUGCUCAUUAGCAUAUCAAAGGCUCUGAGAAGUCCCGCUAUAAAAGAAGCCCAGGUAAUUUAGUUUACAGUGUUAACUGCCUGUGGACCUGGAGCAAUUAGAUUUUGCCACCUAAGACUUCCAAGCAUCCCUGUGCUGUCUUGGCUGUCAUUCAUUCCCACCGUUUCCAGCCCAUUGGCUCUGGUGUGAUUGAAGAUCUGGGGUGCACCUUCUCCUUCCCAGAGUAUUUCUCUAGCAGAGGGAGGGCUUGCCUCAAUGGGGGAGAAGAUCGCUGUGCCUGCUAGGCACAUGAGAGACCUGGGAAUUGGCGGAUCUAAACAUUCCUCUACAUUGUUUGGAAAAUGAAGUCAAGGUUAUCCAGAUGGUGUCCCUGUCAAAAAGAACAUUGCCUAUAAAAGAUGCUGGCAUGGACCGUGAGCCGCUGGCAGGAGUGGGACUCACUCACCGAAGAGAGGAGAAAGCUCCGAAGUUGGGGUGAACAGCUGGCCCAGCCUCCAUAAGGUUUCCAUGUUUCUGAGGCCAUGGAAAUUCCCGUAGUGGUCAUGCCGACCUCUCCCAGGGCUCGCUUCCCUGGCAGGGGGCACCAUUCUGGGCUGGGCCAGCAGAGGGCUGCAGAGUGGCCAGCAGAGGGGAGAGUGGAUGACCUCUGCCCAGCAGCUUCCCUUCAACAUUGUCCAAAGGAAGAUCCAAGACACGUGAAGAUUCAUUUUGCCUUAACACAAGAGAAAUUCCGAUUCUCCUUGUGCUGUGACUUGGUUCCAAGAUUCCAGACACCUGGAACUGAGCCGUGCACCUCCGUGCCCGAAACAAUGGGUUUAAGCUCCAGCUUUUGUUCCUUUUCUCUUUUUCCAGAUCACUGUUGAAGUUGCAUCCUCAGCUCAGAAUCAGCGCCUUGAGGAUCUCUUCCUAGCCCCCCGGCUCAUGGUGCUCCGUCUGUGGUCGGGUGACCUUACUCAGGAGCAGAUGUCUCCUUCGCCUUCACGGUAUCUUAUCCAACCAGAUGUGCCUGAAACAUUCCAGAGCUCACUGGCUCUUCUAGAUGUGCCUUCCUGCUUGGCUUCCAGCUGCUUCUCCAGAUGCGAGAAGGAUGUGUAAAACAGCCCCCACACCCACCCCCUCCUCCCGCUGAGACCCUGUACCAUAGGAAUGGCCACCUGACCUGGCCCAGAAUUUUUGAAUACUGGAGGCAGCCUCUUUGGCAUCCCUCAUUCGACUCUAGGACUCAGUCCAGCUUGAGACCACUGUGGACUCCUAUCAGUCCAAAAGUCUGGGACUACUUGCGGAUCCAAGAGAGGAAUUUUCUAGUAUUCUACGAAGGCCAAAAGAGAGGGUGGGAGUGGGAGGGGUGUGGGCCAGUAGCAAGGGGGACCAAUGUGCCUCAUUUAAUAGUUUAGUGGUGAUUACUAAUUUGCUUUUCAGAAUAAAGUUUGGUUUGUGUGA